AUGGCGGCCCGGCCGCGCACAGAGGCAUCGAGGCAGGCGCAGCUGAUGGAGGUGCUGAAGAAGGAGGUGAGGGCCAUGCUGAUAGCUGCCAAAGCGGGCUUGACGCCAGAGCAGCUGGAGGAGCAGUACAUGGCCAUGGUCUGCAAACCUCUCCCUCUGCGUGACCUGGGCUUCCAGUCCACCUUGGAGCUGGUGACACAAAUGCCUGAAGCUGUCCAAAUCUGUUCUUUUAAGAAUGGUGCUUUAAUACUCAAAGCCAUUGCAGAUGACUCCACCAAAGAUAUUGCCAAGCUGGUUGCCAACCAGAAGGUAAAGACACGUAAGGCGUCAAAGAAAACUGCUACAAAGGCAAAUGCUAUUUUUCCCACUAAGAACUCUAAGAAUCCACAGAGCUUCCAAACUCUGAGUGCUGGGAUUCCUGUCCUGCCAGCAGUGGUGAAGGCUGAGCUGCAGGACCUGCUGAGCUCCUCACCGCUUCUGCUGGCCGACUUGGACAAGGCCUUCCACAGACGCUUUGGCCGGGUGUUCCAGUACAGGCAGUAUGGAUUUUUGUCCAUGUUUGAAGUCCUCAGGAGCAUGUCUGAUACCAUUGUUGUUGAGCAGACAAAGGCAGGUUCCAUGCUGGUCCUGAGGAAGUACUUGGCAAGCAAUAUGGAACAGCAAGAGGUGUCUCAAGGUGAGGCUGAGGAAGAAGAGAUGCCUCAGAGUGCAGCUGAGGAGGAAGAGGUGCCUCAAGAUGAGGCUCAGGAGGAAGAGGUGCCUCAAGGUGAGGCUCAGGAAGAAGAGAUGCUGCAAGCAGCAUCUGCAGCUGAGAUGCCUCCUUUGGAACCCACCUGUGAGACAAAGAGCUGCUACCAAGAGGCACUUCUGAUGGAUUCGGAGCCAGAGCAAACACAAGCAGUAGAUUUGGGUGAUCACUUCAAACAGCACCAAGGUUCUGAGCAGUUUCCAGCGACUCCAGAAAUCCCUCCCGAUGCUGUUCAGGACAGAAGCCUUUGCAGUUUGCCACCUCUGAAGAGAAGAUGCUUGGUGGGAGUGAUUGUGGAAUUUGUCGUCUCUCCUAGCCAGUUCUACAUCCACAUCUGCAGCACGGAAGCAUCCUAUAAACUGCAGGAUCUGAUGUUUGAGAUGAGACACGUUUACUCACACAAAGUUGCUUCUGAUAAAUACAUCAUGCCUGAGUCUGCAGUGCGGCCUGGGCAGCUCUGCUGUGUCAUGGUCUCCAAGUGGUGGUACCGUGUCAUCAUCCACCGUGUGAUCAAUGACCAGGAGGUAGAGGUGUUCUAUGCAGACUAUGGACACCUCCAGAUUGUCCAGAAGUCUUGGCUGAGAUUCCUCAAGUGGCACUACUUGAAGCUCCCUGCUCAGGCCAUCCCCUGUUCCUUGGCAUGGGUAAAACCCGUGGAGGGUACGUGGUCCAGUGCAGCAAUUCUCCUGUUCAAGCAUCUCUGCCGCUUCAAGGAAUUUGUGGGCAUCGUGGAUGAAUACGUGGAUGGUGUUCUGUACCUCUUCCUGUGUGACACAUCCACCAAGAAGGAUGUCUACUUCCACUCUGUCUUGAGGGAUAUGGGAUAUGCUGAUAUCUGUGGAGAGAACAUCCCUUCCCAGGUCAGGAGGGAGGCGAGUGCUGCUGAAAGGAAGGGGAAGGGAAAGAUCCCUUCUUGGGUGCCUGAAUUUGAAGAACUGAAUCCUUCAGCCUUGUAUGUUCAGCCCAGUGGAAUGCAGGGGAAUGCUGAAGUGAUGGAGCCAGACCUUCACUUGCAGCAGGAAUCUCGAGAUUCAGACAAUGAAGAAAAUCCCAUGGUUGGCCUCUGCCGUGCUCUGGGCUCUGUGACCAAGGGCCACCUCAGGAACUGUGUCCAUCCUGCCCUGCUCUCUGCAGUGUUGGCAGCUGCAUGAUUGGCCACUUCACAUGCCUACUUCCAGUGGCUGCCCAGCCUCAGAAGGAAGGUGUGA